CCACACGCAGAAGCGUCGCCGGGCGGUACGGUUGUGCUCUUCUGUUCCACAGCCAUGAUCAUCCCUGUGCGCUGUUUUACGUGCGGCAAGAUCGUCGGCAACAAGUGGGAGGCCUACCUGGGGCUGCUGCAGGCCGAGUACACCGAGGGGGACGCCCUGGAUGCUCUGGGCCUGAAGCGCUACUGCUGCCGCCGCAUGCUGCUGGCCCAUGUGGACCUGAUCGAGAAGCUGCUCAAUUAUGCGCCCCUGGAGAAGUGACUGCGCUGGAGUCUGCCCGCCCGCCUGCCGUGCUGACCACUUGCCCAGGGUUCAUUCCACCCAGGGGUGGGCAACCAGGAGCAAUGCCUGCCCCCAGCUGUGUGGGCGUGCGUCUCCCACUCUGGAAGGAAUCAUCCAGUAAAGGUCUUGGCAGAACCACAAGGA